GCGCGGGGCCACCGCCGCCCCGCCCCGCACAGCACCGCACCGGCCUUGACCGGACCCCGCUCCCCGUCCCGAGGGGCUCCCGCACGGGGCCGACACCUGUGAGAGAAGAUGGAUUGGGGAACACUGCAGACCAUUUUGGGAGGCGUCAACAAGCACUCCACCAGCAUUGGGAAGAUCUGGCUGACCGUCCUCUUCAUCUUCCGAAUUAUGAUCCUGGUGGUGGCCGCAAAGGAAGUGUGGGGGGAUGAGCAGGCCGACUUUGUCUGCAACACGCUACAGCCGGGAUGCAAGAAUGUGUGCUACGACCACGUCUUCCCCAUCUCGCACAUUCGCCUGUGGGCUCUGCAGCUCAUCUUCGUCUCUACCCCGGCCCUGCUGGUGGCCAUGCACAUCGCCUACCGGAGACACGAGAAGAAGAGGAAGUUCAUCAAGGGCGAGACAAAGAGCGAGUACAAAGAUAUCGAGGAGAUCAAGAGGCAAAAGGUCCGGAUCGAGGGAGCCUUGUGGUGGACCUACACCAGCAGCAUUUUCUUCAGAAUCAUCUUCGAGGCGGUCUUCAUGUACGUGUUCUACUUCAUGUACAACGGGUUUUCUAUGACCCGGGUGGUGAAGUGUAAUGCCUGGCCCUGCCCCAACACAGUGGACUGUUUCGUGUCCAGACCCACUGAGAAGACCGUGUUUACAGUCUUCAUGAUCUCCGUGUCUGGAAUCUGCAUAUUGCUAAAUGUCGUUGAGCUGUGCUACCUUCUGAUCAGAUACUGCUCUGGAAAGUCCAAAAAGCCCGUGUAGAGCAGUGCCCAGCCAUGAGAGGAAAGUAGGCAGCCCCAGAUGGAGAAAGUCACUCUCAGAGCUGUCAAGACCCAGUCACCGGUAUUUCCAAGGUCAAGGCAAAAAAAGACCAAACUUUCGAGGGCGAAAAUCAACUUCACACUCCGUUCUCACCUGGAACCUUAAUCUGAUGACGCAUCGAUGAUGAUUUGGAAAGUCACUCCCCAAAUGGAGUACCACUUUCUGAACUCUGCAAACGAAAGCCUUUUUCUACCAUUGCUAGCUUAGCAGAACUUUUCAACCAGGACCAAGGGAUCACCUCACUCUCCCUGCAACCACACCCCAACCUGGCCGAAGGAGGUUUCGGGGCGAGAAAGCCAGAUUCUUCCAUCUGGUUGGGGGGUUGGGGAGAGCCCUGGAGCGCCUCAAUUCCUUGGGGUGACUUCACAGGUCAGUGCUAGAUUAGAGCGAUUCAGAAAGGAUUUCCUCUGUGGCAUUUGGGAGCUUGAAUUUUUAGCAUCUAGCAAAGUUACCCCCAUGUUACAACUGUCAGUCCACAAUUAUAAAAUCAUGUUAAGACAUAUUUUCUUAUUUAGCUUUGCUUUGCACAAUGUCUUGAAAUGUCAAUAUUUUGUAUUUCUCCUUUUCCACAGGUCCAGACUGGGAAGUAAAUUGCCGGCAGCUAGCUGCCGAACCUUAGUCGUUCCUUCAUUAAAGAGAUUUUUUUUUUUUAGUCAUUCAUAUUUUUUGCUGAAGCAGAAAAGAACUCUAACCUAGCAGCAACAUGUGUCCACAUGCCAGGACAUCCCUCCCUUCCUCCCCACCCCACCUGAUCCCUCCCUCCUUCUUUUCCAUCCUUCCUUCUUCUCUCCCCUCCCUUCCUCCCUUCAGUGCUCCUCCCUUGGGAGGCAGCUGCAGGGAGACAUGCUCUGCUCCCAUCUGGAGCUCCCAAACUGAGGUGUGAUGCGGCCUUGGGCUGCCGGCUGGCCUAGGCCUUGGCCUCCCUGGCCCUGGCAGAGCUGGGGAAGGAAGGAGCAGCUAGGGACGGGAGUGAGGGGGCAGAGGUCUCACCAAUCCAGACUUCUCUUUGCUUCUGGGGAAGGUGCAGCCCCUAGGAAGAGUUUCAUUUAAGGAUGGAAAUCCCUUAGGGCCUCAGGGAAACUGGUGGGGGGUGGCUGGAGCAGAGCAGUUGGUGGGAGGACCAGCAUCAAACCAGUUUGGACCAAUAAAGCCCAUGAAGCCAGCCAACUUCAAAGGCUAAAGCUGCGUGGUCUGAAACACAAGCACAUGUGAAGCCAGGGAUCCCUCUCCACUCCUAUGCCCCCACCGGGGUUGGGAAGUGAUACUCAUCUGACCGGCUUGGGCAAACGGACCCCUGAUCUCACCUGGAUGCCUGAACACCUUAGCACAGCUCGUUACAGUGAGAACCAGCUCUUUCCUGUCAUCAGCUCUAGCGGGGCAAAGCCGGCUGAACAGCCGGAGCUUUCCCUCAUCUUGAGAGCGCAGUGAAAACAAUUAUACAAGAUAGUAGAUUUCACAAAAUGUGAGAGAGUUAGAAUCAGGCAAAUGGCUAUUUAAAAUCUCGUACAACUUUUAAUAAGAACCGAGAGGUCCAGUCGGGUGUUUUGUAUAUUAUGACACUGAUCUUUUACGUUUCAUACCAGUUGUCGAAAUGGAAAAUGCUGCUGGAGGUGGCGGUGGUCUGAGUCCGGACCCUCUGUACCCACAUCUGCCACUAGGCGGCGACAAAAGAGCCAGCAGCCCGAGGGCUGGGGCCGGAAAGGUUGGAUAUUGGAGGAGGGAGCAGAGUCAGGUAGCUUUGGGAUCUGCAAUUGUUUGCCAAUGUAGGUUGUGCAGAUUGCAACCGCGUCAUCUGAUGCGAGAGGCCCUUAGUCACAACGGUUGUGAAACCGAGACGGGGUCCGUGGUGGGGAUUGGCCAGGCCAGAGCUGGAACCAGCGAGGUGUGUUUUCUUCAGGCUCUCUUUCUGUAUAUUUCUAUGUAAUCCAAGCUGGUUUAUGCAAUUCCUUUCUGUUCCUUGGUGUACAUUUCCGUGGGAAAUAAACCAGACAGAUCAGCCCUUU